UAAUAACAGGUAAUAAUUUUAAUAAUAGUAAUGAUAAAAUAGAGCAACAGAAAUAAGCAAGAGAUAAAACAAUAAGAAGCCUAAGGGGGGGGGGGGGACAUCACAUUGUGCAAUACUUUUCUGUGUUCAAUUGAUGUUCUUAAUUUUGUUUACAGAAGCCUAUAGCUAGCUUGUUUUAAACAAUACUUGUCUGUGUUCAUUUUAUUUUGAAAGAAUUAUACUUUUAUUUUAUACUUUUACUUUUAAUUUUUUGAUAUCCAAGUAAAGCCAGCUUUGUUGGUAAUUCAUUUGUCCAUGAUGUCCAUCUCUGUGUGUGUACAUGCAUGUGUUUUGUUCGGGGGUUGCGCAGGGAGUGUUUUGGGGGGGCACCAAAUAAAAUCUUGCUUAGGGCCACCAAAAUCCACCAGCCGGCCCUGGAAAUAGCAGAUGAAAAUUGUGAAUUUCUUUUAGCCUAAUGCUAAAGAGCAGUGAUUCAGUUUUACAUUAUUACAUUUGGUGGACAUUCACAAUAAGAUGAUAUAUGAGGAUGAAGUGAUUUGCACACCAGGUUUUACUCCUCUCACUGUUACCACCCCACCUACACUACACGGUUAUGUAAUUCCGUACCAGGCAUUACCUAACACCAUACAAUUUGCCAGAUGGGGCUCCUUAGGCUGGAAGAUAUGAUCAAAUAAGGGCUCCACGCACACGCUCACGCCAACUUCAUAUUCGGGUUCUUGACAUUGAAAAAGGUCUGGGAACCCCCGGGGCGAAAUUAUCCCAGGCGCGGUCACGUAAGCAGUAGUGCGCGCCCCCGGCGACGAGUGCAGAUUCUCAGCAGCAGUCAGUCUGGCAGUCGCGCUCUCCGGGAUGACUCCCACACUGCCUCAGCGAUGUCGCACCCCAGCACAGUUUCUCCCCUAAAAAACAUCUACCUCAGAUGAUCCACUGGAGCCCGCGUUGUGAGCCCGUGUGCGCGUCCGAGAUGAGCGAUUCUGCAGUGCGAUGCUGACAGCAUGUUUCCUCGUCGAGAAGCUCCGCGCUGUGCAGCAUAGAGGAGGCAGCAGAGGGGAACAACGUGCACGGUUACAGGUAGGCUGUCGGAGCAGGGAUCGCCUCGAACAAACAGGCAGAUGGAACCAGACUGGAGUUUAAACUGUUGGCACUGCCCUGAGGGUGUCUUCCUCACACCUGAUCCUGCCGUUUCCCCCUUUUAGUUGAUACGCCAAUCGACUUUGCAUGUGGAUUUUGCAUGUGUGUACGUGUGUAUUCGUGUGUAUGUGGGCGUGUGUGUUCAUGCAUGAGGCUGACCAGGCCCAACAGGUCAGAGUACACUUGGUGGUAAACUUUUUUUCCCUUCUCCCUCAGUGGUUUCCAGUUGAGUUCAGAGUGUUUUUUAAGAGGACUGCCUUGUAGCCUACUGUGAGAUUGAUUGCAUCACAGCUUAUGAAAACAAAUCUGAGUUUAUCAGAGGAUUUUGAAGCUGUUUUAUUCUUGGAGUAAUUGAAAUACAGUGGGUGGACAUGAAAUGAGGAAGAUCUCUGUUGUUUUUUUGCAAUCCAGUGCAACAGCCCAGCAAAACAGGCCUAUUUUUGGUGAAGCUGACAUGUUUUUUCCAUUUUAAAAAGAGCUGUUGAUUAAACUCUGGGGAUUUUUUGGAAAUAUUGCAUGUAAGGCCUCUAAGGGUGGCAGGAAAACAUGUAAGCUAUUCUUUGGAGACCUAAAGUAGUUAAUCAUUCUGAAAAUAAAUCAACUACUAGUUAGAGAGUCAAAACAAUUGAAGUAUUUCUUUUAAUAUUACUUAUCUUCUGCCAUUUCAUACACCCAACACAUGGACAAACAGCUCAUAUUCAUGUUUCAGUUUGUUGGAUUUAUAACAGGUAGGCCUGUUUGUGAAUUCUGUCAUACUGGCCUGAAGAUCCCCUAAACAUAAAGCUAAAAAAAUCCUAUUUUUUAAAUUAUUCCCACUUUUAAGACUAUUUUUUAGACCAAAACACAGAAAUCAUCAAAAUUAAACACAGAAAUAAUCAAUCAGUAGUGAAACAUCAAAAUCAGAUGUUACAAAUUGUUCAAAAUGAGUAAGAUCAGCGGAAAAAAAUUCAAAAUGGUAGAAAAAUUUGGACAAUUUUCACAUUUUUGAUACCUAAAAAGAUUUAGUUUUGAUUGUAUGUCCUGCAGAAUUAGUCACUCUACAGUGUCAUCAAGAAAUGAUAUCAUAAACAAAAACGUAAUUGAGUAUUAUUUCCACAAUAUAUCAUAAGAAGAAUCAACAUGGAGUACUAUGUAGGAGUUUGUAGUGCACAUAUCUGGUGUUAGAUCCUGUAAUAAUCAUACAGUGCGAUUGCAGCCUCAGAAAAUGAUCAACACAUGCUUGAUUCAACAUGUCGUUAAACUAAAACUGAGCUUUACUAAUGCAGAAGUUGUUGCAUGGAUGUUGCUCUGGAAUUAUACUGAAAGUAGCGUCUGCGGUUUUUGUCCAGCCGUACAGUAACAUGGCUACACCACCCCGGAUCACUCUGCCCAUUCUUUACUCUUACUACGUCAUUUGUCUGUGUUAGAGGGAGCACAUCUGUGCUAAAAAACAAAGAGGCUUUUAGUUGACUGUAAGGCUUAGGUGACGGAUCGGCUUGUUGAUUAAAUAUUUUGUUCUUUGUUGUGUACAUCUUAAUCACCCUGCUGUUCAUCCCGCUCUUGUGCCCUUCAUCUGGGAUCACUGGGAAAAUGAAGGUUGCAGGACAAAGAUUGAGCUGUGUUGGCGACUCAGUGUGAGAUGAAAUAAAGUUAAUCUCACUCUGGUCGAUUUCAAGAAGAUUAUGGGGUCAAAUGACUCCCCCCUCCUCCUCCUCCUCCUCGUCCCACAAAGAGUGAGAUGAGUGAUAAAGCUCCAGUAAGAAGUAAAAAUGUUCUGCAUUGUGGCUAACUGAGAAAGCAGCAGCAGCUGCUGCAGAUUUAGAGUCUGAAUGCUGUAAGGUGGAGGAGCAGUGAUGUCAUCGCCUCAGGCUCAUGAUGACUGUGAUGAAGAUGAUGAUGAUGAUUACGAUGAUGAUGAUAAUGAUGGUUGUGGCGGUAGUGGUGUUGUGUCAAAGUCUGUUUUGGUCAAAGGUUUUAUCUUAGGCCUCAUUUCCCUCCUCGUGCCACCUCAUCCUCAGUCUGGAGGAGCAUCAAGUCACGAUGGACGGGAGAGAGGUUACCAUAGCAACCGCGGGCCCUUCUCCACUGCGUCACUGGCUGGUGUUGACUGCAUUCCAGGGCUCAGAGAGAGAAGAGCUUGAGACCAACUUUCCUCUCCGUGGAUAACACUGUCCUGUCACAUCGUCAGCGGAGAGCUGAAUUCAUUCGCUUUGAAAUCAAAUACUGUGAUCGACAUUUAUUUCUAAAAUUUCAUAUUGAUCCUCUCUGAGGAUGGAAAGGCAUCACCACAAUAAGAAUCAUCAUCUGUAUCUGCAGUUGCUGUUACUUUGUACAAGCUGGUUGUUUUGGUUUUUGAUUCGCAGCUUGCUGUCUUGCUUACCCUAACAGCUCUCAUCUGCAGAGUUUUCAGGCACAACAGGCAGCCCCUCGCUUAGUUUAAAAAAGGAGUAUGAGCUGAUUUUUCAAUACCAAACAACAAAAACGCCUUUUAGUGGAUCAUCAAACUGCUAUAAGAGCAAGUAUUUCUGUUGUUUGGUCAAUGCGUCUCCACCUUCUCCUCAAAACUGAACUUCUCUGAAAAGUAAGAAUUUGUGCAUAAAACAUCAUCAUAAGAACUACAUAUUAUUUGCACGCAAUAGUUAUAUUUGAUGAUAAAGCUCUGUUCUGGGAGAUCCCUGCCCUUCCAUGUGCUUUUGUGAAAUGUCAAAGCCUGCAGCAGGGAGAGCAUCAGCAACAAAACCCCUGUAAGUAAAACAGAGCCGACACCAGUGACAACACCGGGGGUGGAGGUGGGCUGUGAGUGGUUGCAGGAAGAAGCAAGAGUAGGCAAGUGGAAGUAGUUUGAAUGGGAAGCCCAUUUACUAACUGGUGCAAAGAAGAGCUGAGCUGUCAGCUGAUAAAGGCUAGGUCAGCAAAUGGCCUGCCUGAACUAACACUACACUCAGUUUUUAUUCCAUAGUUUGACUUGUGGCCCAUCUGUAUACAUGUAGGUAGGGCUGUACGAUAUAUCGUUGCAGAGCCUGCGAUCUAGGAGGGGAAUGAAUCAAUCUAUUUUCUAGGGUAGCUGACUGAGAUACACUGCAUGUGACUCUGCAUGCGCUGUGCAGCGAUCCACCAAUCACAUUUGUUCUUUACUCAGUUGCCAAUCAGACUACCCUGCCAGCUGUCAAUCAAAAUCAGAGCGGAGGAAACCCACCCAUGCACAUGUUCUGCACAUGGAGUGAGUCACUGGCGCUGCUGGUGUUGUGCCAAGAAACGCAAUUACUUUCACUUUCACAUUACUUAUCACUGUUUAGCCCCACAAAAAUGAAUUGUAUGGGUUUUAAAUUGUACAUUUCCGUGGACCACUCUACUAUAAGCGGUGCGCGUUUUGCGAGAUGCAUGCAAUUGUGCGUUUCUCGGCACAACAAGCAACGAACAAGAGAAAACCACAGAAAAUGAAGACUUGUUGCCAAAAAGAAAAUGAAAGUCAGUUAGCUGGAAUUAUUUCAGUUACAAGAUGGACGAUGUCGACCAAAACACGUGUUCACGUGUUUUCAUCUGUUGCUACAAUAAUGUCCCAGCACAGUAAAAGCAAGCUAAAAAUAUCUCUAAGACAGACAGAAGCCAUUCUACAAACAAGAUCAGUGCAGGUUAAUUGUCCUCAAGACUUCAGCAUAAAGUGCUAUUCAGGUCAUCUGGUGAAAAUUCCUGUAUUUUUAAAUAUCCCAAUAUAUAUCGCUAAAUUGAAAAAAAUUGCAAGUUAGUUUUUCCAAUAUCAUGCAGCCUUAGUAGGGGGCGGACUCAAAAUAUUGUGGCUUUGCUUUAAAGGAGCUGUCACGUCUUUCAUCUUUUAUACACUCUGAUCAAAAGCAGAUUGGAAAAAUACUUAUAUUCAUAAUUUUAAUGUAAAUGCAACUCCAGGUUAAUUAAAAUGUUUCUAAGUUUGCAUUUAUAUGCAUGACAAACCCUCAGCUGCAGUGAUGUAAAAUACAGUCUUUGAUUUAUCUGUAAGUUGUGGCCAACUUACUCAUCGGUGUGACAUUCAAGAUAUUUCUUACCACUCCCUCUACUUUCUGGGAUUUGUGGUCGUUUUACAAAACACAGCCAACAGUGAUAUAAAAAACAAACAAACACCCAGGCUAUGACUCAAGCAGACUUCACCUAAAAACUUGUUAUAUUUUCUAACUAAUUAUUCCAAAGUCGGAGUUGUUGUGUUUUAAUUAAUGUUAAUUUAAAACAAGAUACAUGACGCCUCUCUAUGUUGUUGCAAUUCUCCACCAUCUGUUCUCCAUAUAUGUGCUAUUUCAGUUUGAGGCGUGUUUACUUUUGUCCCCGUCCUUUUCCUCAGCUUUCUUACCUCCUCUCAUAUGUGACGAAGACGCUGUGACUCACUUGCACGCAUCUGCCGUGCGUUCAUGUCUACAAAUAUGUAGGAAGCGAUUCUUCAUGUCAACACGCUUGCUGAUACCGCUUUCGUAAACAGCUUGCAAGACCGUGUAGGCUGCCCUAUUUUUUCAUGACAGUACCAUGUAGGCCAUCUGAUACCAGGGUAACAUCCUCCUGUGCUGCUUCAGUCUCAGGACAUCAGAGAAACAUCUCUCUCUGCUGUAAGUGUGUGUGACACAAGUAGAGGAGCAACUUUGUUGUUGCAAGUGGAAGGCCUUUGCAUGGAUAUUUCUGACAGAGAGGUAUUGUGAGGAAGAUUUCUGCAGGCGACAUUAAAGAGAUUUCAAACCAUUUUGCUCACUUGGUUUGACAUUGUUCUGUUUUCCUCGCCUGAGAUGCUGCACCAAAUGUCAGCAUGUUCCCCUCAUUUUUUACUGCCAUGGUCAAUGACACAUACGGCGCAAGAUCACCUCUAAAGUCACACUUUUUUUUUUUUUCCUACAGCUAUGACAGCCUGGUCUUUUUAUAGCUCGGACUAUUUGGGGCAUUACCAAAAUAGUCUACCUUAGAUGUAUUGUAGCACUGCCUAUAAGAUCAGCAACUUGUUCAGUCGUUGCUCUCGGUUGUUUUUCGGCUCUUUUCUGCAAAGUAAAUACUAGAUGAAAACAAACGCUUCUCAGCAUCAAGCCGUCUUCUUUUGCGGUGCGAGGUACAGCGUGUUCCCAUGCUUGAAAGACUGUCUGCCUGCCUGACUGUCUGGUGUGGUUUAAUCAGCAAGGUCGAGCAUUGUAUUUUAUACAAAGAUCACUGACUACAUGCUGUAGCCGGGGAUAUUUCCCCACCAUUAGCGCCGCAUAACCAAAAUAUUGUGAAUGAAUCAGAGAUAAUCAGCAUUUCUAGGCAGCUGCUGACUUAUCCUGCACAUUUAAGCCACACCAAAAAGCACUAAUUACAUUACAAGUGCUCCUGUCAUUCCAGUUCUGCGUAAUUCUGUGACACACGGCCUAUUCUUUUGACAAUUCUGUUUCCACGAGUACUUUUUGUAGCACUACUCCACCGUAAAUUAAUUUUCUGUCUGUGUAAGCUUUGGCUCCCCUCUAGCAAGGUGAUAGUGCCAAUUAAAGAGGAGAUACACUAUGAGAUGAGGAUAGAGUGGAGCCUGAUGUGGCCUGUAUUCAUGUCUGCAUGCUCACAUUCUGCUGAGUCAGGAGGUUUUGUGGAAGUCCGUCAACUGCAACUCAAUGAGGCUACGAGCCAGAGAGGCUGGUGGGAAACAGCCACUCCAGUAGUUGCUGAUGAAUCUACUUGUAACCCUGUUUUGUGCCCUGUCAGUGAUGUUUGACACUAAUCAGCCACAAACAGUUUGGAAAGUAGUUAUGGGAAGAUUGUGGAGGAGCGCUUGGUAGAGUCUGGUUUUGCCUCGUCGGGACAUUUGUGUGUCCACUCUGUUUACAGUAAAUAAAGAGAGGAGGAGUAAACUUCAAGGGUGGAAGGGAGUGAGCAUGUUCGAGGUUCCUGUCUUUAUGUAUUUAAUGUGAUGAAGACUCAUGUUGAAAUGUAUCUAAGAAGGAAAGGUCAAUGCCAGACUCUCUCUGUGUGAAGAUUUGAUGUUUUAACAUUUCUAAGAAGCGUUAUCAGUGAUUGUCAACCAAAAUGUGUCAGGAUGAAGCAGCAAGCUUCAGUUUUGAAAAAGAAAGCCUUAAAGGGAUAUUCUGGUGUAAAAGUAAGUUAGGGUUAAACCCAUCGUAACACCAAGUUAGACACCUCGAGAGAUGGUGACGCAGGUCAAGGAAGAACAUUUAUGAUCAUUUCUUCAAGGAAAUGCAAUCAAACCAAGACGCUAAGGCAGAAGAAUUGCAGAAGUCUGCAGUGCAAAAUGAUAAAUAUGAUGAUUAUUACUUCAAGGAAAUGAUAAAGUAAUGAUCAUAAAUGUUCUUCCUUGAGCUGCGUCACCCCGCUGUAGUCCGUAAUGGACUGGCCUGAGGUCUCGCUACAAACAAGCAGCUGCUGGAAGAGAGUAGGUGUUUUUUUGGUGGCUAGUGCUGUGGCUAGGACCCUAUUUGUACUGUUGAUGAAGUUAGGUGCUGUUCUGAGCAUUAUUUGUGGCUAUAGUGUGGCGCUUUGGUUGAGGUUUGUUGAUGGCUCCUCAGACUGCUGUGUAUUGCUAUCCUGGGGUCGUAACUAAAGUUGGUAUAACUAGAGAAGCAAGCGGUCGGCAACAUUCAUCUCUCGAGGGGGGUGUCUAACUUGGUGUUUUGAUGUGUUUGACCCUAACUUAAUUUUACGCUGGAAUAUCCCUUUAAGGAAAGUGCAAAAAACUGCAGUUCCCCAAAUGUCUCCGUAAAGCUGCUCCAAACGUAGAGGAAACCCCAUUAGAGCCUCAAAACAAUACUGAUUUUUACAGAUUAAACACAUACUCAUCCUGGUAGAAAAAACAGCUUUUGUUUCUUUACUCAUCUCUUUAGUCAUAAAAAACUGUUGGGCAGUUGGAAUUUUUUUACAGCCUAUCCCAUGAUUGAAUCAAGAGCUCUGCAUGAUGACGCAUAAUAAGCGGAGUUGCUGACAGGUGUGCAUAUUGUAACUGUUAGUCUCCAUCUCAGUCUCUUUUUCAGUUACUGAUUUAGCCACAAGUUAGACGGAGUCAGCAGUUUCAAUAUGGUGACUACUGCCACCUUUGGGUUUCAUAACACCUCUUCAGAAACUAAGGGACAACCUCACUGAGACUACAGUUAAUACAGUCUAUAGCUUGAAAGCUACAACCAAUUACAUAGACUAUACUAGCGGGGGUCAUAUAUUAAACUCGCCCACAUUAGACUGUGAUUCAGACCAAGAGCUCAGAUCAAACAACAAAAACAACCUUUGAGAAGAUAAGAAGAAGCAUCAGAGGUUAAAAAAGAGUAAACUAAAAAGUAUGCACAAACAAGUCUACAGAGCCAGUACUAUCUGUUAUGAAGUACUUUUUGGCCUUCAGUUUUCUGUGUGUCUGUUGGUUUGCAGUAAUCUGAUUUAACACAGGGUUAUACACCAUGUAAGGCACAGUUGUGAUGUGUCAUUGUUGCCUCCCAGCAAGACAGAUGACAGCUGGAGUUAGCAUGUCGCGCUUCUGCCUGAACAAGUCCCCUCCAACAGUCCAAAGACAUUCAGGUUAGGAACCCAAUGUGACUGUAAAUAGCACGUGGACGUCUAAAUUAUCUAAAUCGCCCUUAGGGUGAAUGUGAAUAGUUGUCCGUCUAUUUGUGUUAGCCCUCCAGGGUGCACUCCACCUCUCCCCUAAUGUGAGCCGGGGGUUGGCUCCGGGCUCUAGGAUAAGGAUGGAUGGGCGCCACGUGAGCGCAACAUAAAAUCAAAGUCUUAAGACUUAAUUUUGGCAGAAGGCUCUUCUAAUAGAGAGGGCCAGGAGAUUAGGUAAUAGUGUCUGACCAAACUUCUUAUGUGUGAUUCUGAAAACGUGCAGGUUUGCAUUCAAUGAAAAGUGAACUUUGGUUUUCUUCUGUGUUUGGAUAUCAUGCUCGGUUCAGAAACUAACAAGGUUCAUGAAUUAUCUGACCUGAUUUAAGAUGAAGCAGAUUGCAUAAAGGAGCAAACGGGGCUUUAGGAAGAAUAAGAAAUUAACACCAUCAACCUCACAGCUUAGCAAAAUAACUUAUUGACCAUUAUUUUAAUGCAUUCGAUGGUUGUUUUGGUCAUCAGGUUAAUGUGUAUGAAAUUUGGACUAAAACUUCCAUGUUAAAUUCAUUCAUAUAUUAAAAAAAAUGAAUUAAAAGACACUUAAUGAGUGUUAAUUCAACCCUAAUCCUGCAUCAUGUAAAUCAGGCACAUGUUCUGGAGCUGCCACGAUGAUCCUGACACUUCCUUCAGGAUGAUAUGCGUAUGUGUUUUGUUUCCAGCUAAAACCUGUCAGUGCUCUGCUGAUAUUCUCAUGAAACCAUCCCCUGAAUUUUUGGCCUGACAUGCAUUAUCACUGAAGCAGCUCCUGGCCCUGUAGCAUGAUGUCGUUACAGAUUACAGUCUGGGCUCUGUGGAUUGUAGCCUUGAGUGUCGCGAGGCACCGCAGCCUCAAGUGGGUUGACGUCUGGCGGCAUCAUCGCAUCUCUUCCUCCCCAUCCCCUCCUCCUCCUUUAACCACCCACCAAUCCUGGCUCUCUCUCUUUCCCUCCCUCUCACGUUUCUCUACAGCCGGCUGUUGCAGUCAGGCAGCAUCAUGGAGGCUGGAUGUGUGGUUGCCGCGGUGAUUGAGAAUGCUGCCUCAGGACCCCAGGGUGAACCAGGAAGUAGUGACGUCCUUGAAGGGUAAGUUACUCUUGUUUUCUGAUCGUCAUGGCGGCUGAUCAUAUUUAUGUAAAUUUUCAGAGAUCUGCAGAGAAAGAGGCAUUUGUGUAUUUGCCUGCAUGUAAAUUUUACUCAUGGAUAAAUGCAGGAGCAGGGUAACGUUAGGACAAAGUCCACCGCUCUCAGAGAGAGUAAAUGUUCCUGCUUAAGCUUCAUCAGCUCUUUAGCUUCGGAUUUAUAUCACGCCUUGGUAAUCUUUCCUGUCACUGUGGAGCACAUAUAUUCAACUGCAUGUCAGUGUUCUUGGCCUCAUAUACUGUUCUCAUAACACUGAGUCCCUGAGACAAACCCGAGUCCUCCUCUCCUUCUCUCUUUGUUGCACACAAAAGUUGGACUGAAUGCACCUCUCCCUCCACUCCCCGAGUACAUUGAGUCACAUUUCAAGUGACGGUUUUGUGAAGCACUCCCUUGUGGGCGGAAUGCCUUUAUAGCUUUCUCAAUAGAGAAGCUUUGCUUUCCUGAGCACAUACAAAAGACAUCAUGACUUUUUGCUGACCCGAACAUCAAGAUUUUGCCACUUGUCUAUGAUUUGUUCCCAUACAUAUAUAUCUUAAUGUGAGAUAUAUUGUUUUUCCUGAUGUUUUAUAAACACAUUCCCCCCUAAACAGAAGAGAGUCCCACACCUUGCAGAAGAGUACAUGAUGUUUUCUGGGCCAUGGUGAUGCAGUGUCAUGAUUUAAGCCGAACAUAUUGUGGAUUCAUCCCCCUCAAUUGCUCCCUCUGGUGUAUUUGAAAAUAAUUACAAAUGUUCUUUUUUUUAAACAUCAGACCACACUGACUUGAUUGCUGCGUGUCAUACCAUGUUUCUGUUGUUAUGUGUGUGUUUGUGUUUCUGCAGAGAGGUGCUACAGACCUCUGACCUGGACAAAGACAAUGCCUUACCUCAUGCAACCAACAACCAUCCUCCAGAAGAGAAACCGCCACAGGAGACAUCCACUGCCAAGGUGCACGCCCACUCACAUCACACACACACACAAUCGCACUCUAAACUCAUCCCUCACAAGGACAAAAACUAACAAACACACUCUAGCUGAUACAACAUCCCUCUUCCAUGAGACUCCAUAGGUUUUGAAAGACUAAAAAUACCAUACACGAUCAUGAGAGAGUCACUAAUUGCAGCUGAAAUGGUGUGAAUUGGUGUUCGGCUGCAUUUGAGGGCAUCAAACCUUCAGAUUUGGCUGAAAGUGAGGCGUGUUUGAAAGCUGUUAGUGCAAAGAUGCUUAAAUAAAUACUAUGGCGGACAAGUGAAGUCGCCACCCCUCCCCCUCAGUUUAGAUCUGGAUACUCUAGUUUUAUGUAAUAAUCCUCCCCAGGGGCUCUAACUUAACAUCAUUACCCUCCUGUUAGAGUGAAUCUUGGAUGAGGGACAAAAAAAAAUCCUCAUAGUGGAUUCUAUGUUGGAUGGUAUCAUAACCCAUCAUAAAAGGUUGUAACGCAGAUUCAUGAAUGUUAUAAUAUCAUGUUACAAUAUAAUACUGUCGAUGAUGUAGUGUCACAAUAUAUGGCAUGCAUAAGAAUUCAUACAAAGAAUGAAUUACUGAGCAAUUAUUCGCAUAAAAGCAUUAGCAUCAAAUAACCAACACAACACAACCCAGGAAAGACUCAAAGAAACCAAAAUAGCACAACAUAAUAUUAGCAUAGACAGAUGUUGAAAAGCUUAAGGAGAGCAUUACAAUAGCACUACAUGCUAACAACACAAAAGCAGAGCACUGCAAAAACCAAAUAUGGGCGUGAAGUGAGAGGACGUAGAGGUAACAUAAAAUAUGAUCUGCAGAAGUUUGUAUUAAUAUCUCUAUAGCACUACACUGAAAAAAAGGAAUUUCAAGAAAGGAAAAACAGCCUCGUAUUAAGAAAAUAAGUCAUAUUUUUUUGUACAAAAAGAAUAUUAAUCUUGUCAAGCAUGUUUGGUAUUAGAAAAAUUAUCUAAUUUGAAGAGAAGAAGGCUAACUUUUUCUUGAUAAGAUACUCCAGCUAAUUUUGAGAUAAAAUGAACCAGAAAUAGAGUAGAAGAAUGUUUUACAAUAAAAUCCAGCGGAGCAACAAAAUCAUUCAUCUCAUUUUAAUAGUAAGACAUACUGUAUGUACAACUUCUUAUUUUAAGAAUGCCGUGAAACUAGAACAGUUGAUUUUUUUAUAUUAAGAUUUCCACUGCAGGUCAUCUGAACCUGACAGAAUCUGCUGCCUCAAACAUUAUCUGACAUAUAAAGAUGUCAGUAGGCUACUCUGUACAACACACAACAUAAUACAAUGACCAGAUGAAAACUGCAAAACAACAAAGAACAACAAAGAACAUGCUUGCUUCCCACCUGCUUGCUUGUGGAAUAAAAAUAUAUAUUUAAUAAGAAUUUUUUGGUAUCUUGAUUUAAGACAACAGCACUUCUAUUUGCUAUGCUGUUUUAAGAAAUUAUGUCUUGUUUGAACUACUGUCAUGAUCAUUAAUAAUCCUAGAUUAGGUGUAUUUUCUUGAAGUUCGUUUAUUCAAGAGACUAACAUUCUAAUUUUAAGUUACUGCAUCUUCAUUUUUUAUUGCUUGCUGCCAAAAAAAUAAAAGAUUAAUAUAUGAUUUUCUGUCUAGUUUUAAGUUUCAUUUGAGUCUCUCAGGGCCAGGAAAUUUGUUCUUAUUUUGAGAAUUCUUGUCAAGCAAAAAAAAGCUUAUAAUAAGAUAUAAAAUAAUAAUGUAAGUUGCAUCAGCUUAGCAUAAGUCUCGUUUGUUUGUUUUGUGUGUAUUUGAAUUUUAAUUUUAACUGUGUCUUGUUGCAUUACCAGUUCUCAGCAGACAAACACCUCUUGACUGUAUUGACUGUCCAUCAGCCCUACGGCGAAUAACUGACAGUUAUCGAUGUCUGCUUCCCCUAUUUGGCAGGUGAGGAGCGAUGAUAUCACAGAGCUGCCAGCUGAGCCCCUCCUGCGCUCCUGCGUCAGCACGGCCAGCAUGAAGGUCAAGAACGUGAAGAAGUAGGUGCUCGGUGUGUCGGUGUUGCUGCUAUUAUCGUCUGUAAAACAGGCCUCUUAUUCAGGCCAGGGAAAUGAGGACCUAUAAAACGAUGGGCGCGGCACAGACAGACAGCUCAGCCGGCUGCGUCUCUAACCCCGUUCCCUCACACACAGAGGCCUAAUCUCUUUUUCUUUUCCCUCUUUUGCUUUACUCUUCUCUCCAUCAUGGUGUCAGUGUGGUGAAUACUGAUGAGCGGCUGUUGUGUGUUUCUGAUGUUUUUUCUUUUUUUUUUUUAAAGGCUGACGUUCCCCCGAGGUCACUUCCCCAGGUUGGCAGAGUGUGCCCAUUUCCACUAUGAGACUGUUGACUUUGGCAACGUUCAGGUGAGCUCUGAAGAUACUAUAUAUACUGUGACUCCAGCAGCCAGGAGUCACUAUGUUUAGUAAUUGUGUCUUUGGCUCGAAUUCAGUAGAUGCUUAGGUGAAUUGCUCCAGAAAUGCAUCAGCCUUGCAAUGCAAUCUGGCAGCUGAAUCAAUACUCGAGUUUGUCUUUUCUUUACUGCUCCUCCCUCAUUACUUAAAAUCCCUUCUUUGUGCCACAGCAGAGCUUUCAGUGUGUUAUUUCAGCGCCUUAAAUAUACCCUUAUACAUUCACAAUUACAUACUGUCUUCCAUUAAUUCAUCAUGUUUUCGCUAUAACAGGUUUAAUGGUUUCAUUGAUAUCAAAAAACCAUGAUCCCACUACAGCUGCAGGGUAAUCCUAGGGUAUUACAGUAUAUUAAUGUCAGACUCAUCUGGCCUCUGUAAACCUGUGAAACCGCCUCAUUAAUUUGACUGAGGUGUGUGGUGAGUCAGUCAGUGAGUAAAGGAGAUACAGUAGUUUCCUGGAUGCUUAGCCGGGUCUAUCCAGGGAUAGUUUUGAAUGACUCACUUUUAAAGUGAAAACCUGCUCCGACAAAACAAUGAGAGGUGUGAGGAAAAUGUGCUGACAGUUAAAAGCUGUUGGAGGUGACGACUGUAUUGUACUCUUUUUUUUAACAAUAUUAGAUUCAUCAUUCGACUUGACCAAAGAAAAUUCCAUGACUAGAUAUGUUGCAAAAAGGGCAACUGUUUGCAUCAUAAUAUGCUCACUUAGACAAUCAUUAUGUUUAACUUUAUACCUGCUAAGUACGGGUGGAAGAAAAAAUCGAUUCACAUAAGUAUCGCAAUUUUUGUUUUAUAAUUUUUAAAUCAAUUUUUAUGUUCAAGAAUUGAUUUUUUUUUCCAAUUUAAGAGUAAAUCUUUAAAACCGACUUACAUGCGAUGUGCAAUUUUUUGGUAAAUAUGGUUCCUGGAAUAGUCAGUAAACAAUCAUAAUUAUUCAACUGGUGUUAAAAAUGCAGACUGAAAAGUGAGAAAAUUGACAAUAUCGACAAAGAAUCGAAUCGGGAGAAAAGCAUACUGACCCAGCCCUUCUGCUAAGUAUUUGAUUUGAACAUGCACACAGUAGUAUGUAGCAUUAUGCGUAAAAUUUGGCUCUUCUUGACUCAUUUUUAUAAACUUUGGUAAUCUGAGAGAUUACAGUGCAGUGCAAUGAGAACACCCCUUCAGAGUUGUCAGAAAACCUUUAGUUUCCUUCCAAAAUCAACAUUUUCUAUGUCAGAUUAUACAACAAAAUACUCCCCCAAAUGUAGGCCAUUGAUUGCAAACAAGAUUUUUUAAUGUUGCAUACAAAAAAGUAUAUAAAUGAGUACACCUCAAUCAAAGUUCUUGGGGCAAAGCUAAAUUUUAGUUUCCAUAUCACCCUUGUUUUCAUUUUAUAGUAGAUAAAAUGUUAUUUUAAACUCAGCUUCGUCAAAACUUUGGAAAUUGUGUGGGGGUGUACUGACUAUAUGACUAUAUGUAACUUGCAAAUAAGCUGCAAAGACCUGAUGUGAAUAUUCCUCAGCCAUGUGCACUGAUUCACACCGAAUAAAAAGCAGUCUGGAUGUGUAAAGCUUUUAAUACUUUAACUGUAUCUUGCAGCACUGGUAAUAGUAAGCAGUGAAGCACUGGUAUUUGUGUAGCCAUGUAUGUUAGUUGCUGUUAUCUGCCUGGUUAACAUCGGUGCAGUUCAGUCUUCUUGCCAGCAGAGCGCAGCAGUCGCCCCUCUCCGACCAGAAGCUGCUGGUGAAGCUCAACACAAAAGAGAGAGCAUGAGUAGUACAUGCACGCUGUGGGGCUGAUUCCCAACAUGCAGCAUUAAUGGACUAGAGUGAAGCGAGCUGGACGAGACUUAAAUCCCGGGAUGUUCUGAGUGGCAGGGGUUGCUGUCCUGCUGUGGUUGCCGUGUCUGUAAUGGCUCCAUCAGUUAAAGCAGCGUAACAGUCCCAGUGACCUUGAAAAGCUCCACAGGGAAAGGAAAAGCCGAGCUGAGCCGAGAGAGAAAUAUGAGUCUGGGGAGAGUGGCACUGAAAUCUGCAUGCACUCUGUCACUCUUCAAUGUGAUGCUGUUUUCUGCUGUUCGUAUCCCCCCUGACUAAAUCAGAUUUAUUAGGCUUGUUGUAUCUUUCAUGAUGCGUUUGUGGCAGCAGACUGGGAGUGUGCUCAGCAGGUUUCAUGUAUCCUAAUCGUUGAAUAGCACAAGGACAGCAGACAUUGCCUCUGUCUGCAGCCUCCCAGACUGAUCCCUCUCCAGAUUAUAGCUCCAGUCUCGCCUUGAGCGUGGAAUGAAUGAGAAUAGUUAUGAAAUGAAGCAGCCUCGUCUAUCUCUCUCAUGCAGCCUUGCUUUUGUGUGAUGGAUGAGCUUGAGCAUCUGUGUGUGCCCGGUUGAGCCCAUUUACUGCCAAAACCCCCCCUUUUUGUCACUGAAGAAAGCAGAGUGGUCGAGAGAGAGAGAAAGAAGGGGGAGGGGGGAGAGUGCAGAAGAGGGGAGGAGAAGGAGGGGGUUAGAGAUGGAAAAGAGGCAUGUAGGAAGGGGGUAAGACACACAGCAGGAAGCAUCCUCUUUUCAUAUUUUCUGCUUUGAGAAGAGCAAGGAGCGCGUGCUGAUCCAAAGCUGUGUGAAUGAGCAUUUCCACGUACGACAGCAGGGGAGUGAGGAGCAGCAUUUAAACUCUGCUGCCCUCUGCAAAGAUUUGGCUUGUUGGAGGAGCUCACUGAGGUCCAGGAUUGCCGCACACAAAGGGAGAGUCACAUCCUCCAGCUGCGGAUGGAUAUCUGAGAUGCUUUAGUGGCAGGUAACAUGCAUGUGUGGAUGAUUCAUGAGUUUAUUUCAGCAUCCGGUGUGAGACGUUUGUGCGUAAAUGACAUAAUGCCGGUGUAGAGCUAGCAUCUAAGCUGUGUUUGCAUGUUUUAUUUUGAAAGGAGGAGCCCUUGAGGUGUUGGCAUAAUAAAGGAAGUGAUGCUCUGGCACGCUGUUGAAUAAAACAAUCACAUUUUUUAUAUUUUAUAUCAAAAAUAACACAUUUUUGUCAAUCUUUUUUUCAUCACAAAGGAAUCCUGCUUCCCAUCAUGCAUUUGGCGUCACGGUGCAGCAUCAGUACCUCAUUCAGGAUCUCAUUUUUUUCAAACAAAUCUUUGCAUUUAGUCAGAUCUCCUCCGCCAUAACUUAUUAAAGAACAGUUUUCUCAAUGUGCGCUCCUUGUCAGCCUGGUUGGCAGUGUUGCCGUUGAGCAGUAACUGGGUCGCUGUCUGUUGUGUAACAGUGGAGCUGGAUGUGUUGCUAACAGUUAAAAAUAACCAGAGGUUCCCCCUGGCUCGCAGGCCUUUGAAGUCUCCUACAGUAAUGCCUGUCAAUGUAUUCCCAAACUCCUUCAGGGCUUUGAUCGUCUCGGUUUUUGGGGCAUAUGGAAUAUUGUUGAAGAAGGAUGAGAAGAAGAAAAAAAAGUGAGCUAAAACUACCACGCCUUCAAGCGCUGAUUUCUUAUCAGCUUAUGUAUAAAACAUUACAUACUGCAGGAUUAUGGUGGAGAGAGAAUAUGAAUCACUCUUAUGCAGAGGCGGAGGACAUGUCCCAAAAAUCUCUUUAAGACCCUUUUCUGGAAGAUCUGGUUGUCUGUUUCUUCUUCAUGCUUUUCUACCCACAAUUCUUUGUUACUUGAGUCCUUUUUUGCUUUUAUUCACUUGAACCCUCGGCUCAGUGUAAAAGCGGUUUUACUUUUUAAUGGGAAAAAAGGGGUUGGACAUGAUGUUCUCGCUGUACACCAGGUCACAUGCACAGAGGUUGUUGUAUUACACUUAUCCAUUAUUCAUAAUGUGGACCCUCUCAGUUUUAACCUCCUCCGUCUCUCUUGUUUUUGGGUGUUUUCUCUCAUAGUUGGAAUUCGCAGAAGGGCAGAGUGAAGGACUGAAGGCGGGUCUGGACUCCAAGGAGCUGGUCUUUCUGGUCCAGAUCACUUGCCAGGUAGCUUUAUUUUGGAAAAUAGACUUCACAGUUUCAUAUUAGAGUCUAUUUAAGAGAGUUUUGCACAGUCACAGUUAGGUAGGUAUGUAAGGUACUUUAGUACUUGUACCUUAGAAGAGUAAACAGAACUGCUGUCUUCAAUACUGAGAAGUGUACAGUUAUUUUAUGUAAACAUAUGGGGAAAAAACAGCUGACAUGACAACUUACAAAGUAUAACUGAGAGUCCAAACGAUACAUCCGCCUACUGAUGCAAAGAGUAGUAGGAAAAAAGAGUAUUUUGAAAAGGAGUGGCCGCUGCAAACUAGUGCAGGCAGGAAACUGAAGCUUCACACUUGACAUAUCCUCCUAAUUUGGUGGUCUAGUUAAGCUACAAGAUUUCCAGUCUCUCUCUGCGCUGAACCAGAACUUUCAGCUCCUCCACCUUCCCAGCAGCCACCUGCAGGCUCUGAUUUGAGGGCCUAAAGUUUUCUCUCAUGACUCCUUUAAAAUUUUAGAUGAAAAAUAAAUCUGCUAAGAGUUAUACAGGCAUGAAAAACUACAAUAAUGGUUUAUGAAUUUCUUUUAGGUGUUUUUUUUUAUUUAAUUCUGUAUAUUAUCUCUCUUUUAGGGUCGAAACUGGCUGGUAAAAAGAUCCUACGAGGAUUUCCGUGUGCUGGACAAACACUUGCACUUGUGUAUCUAUGACCGUCGCUACUCUCAGCUCACCGAGCUGCCACGAAAUGACACAUUAAAGGAACCUGUUGAGGUAACACUGAACUUCACUUUCAUAUCUCUGAUCAGCUACACAGAUAUAAAAUAAAGCUUCAUUCAUAAUCUUUCUAUGUUUAUACACAUAGUAGUUUUCAGUUGUGGAUUAUGACUCCCGGUUUUUGAGACUUCAUUAAAUUUUGAUCAUUUUCUGUCUCCGUUCAGUCAGUUACCAAGAUGUUGGCGACCUACCUGUCCCGCUUCUCUGUCAUCGCCGACAACAAGAUCAACUGUGGUCCUGUUCUCACAUGGAUGGAGGUAUUUUCUCAUCUGCAUCUGCUGAAUGCUCACACUUACUGUUAGUGAUUCACUCUCUGCAGAAGACCCCAUUAAGAUGAAUUAAUAUUUAAUCUUCACCAUAAAUACUCAAGUAGUCGAGUUAAAGGAACAGUCAGGGUUGGCAUGGAGGUUUAUGCAUGUACCAGAGCCACAGUCCUGGUUGCAGCAGUUGCUGGUUCAACUCCCUGCCAUAACCUUUUGCUACACGUCUCUUCACACUCUCUACUCCUCACGUCUCCUGUCUGUCUCAAGAAGUCCAUUUAAGCCUCACUCUCUGGCUGCCCAUACAUUUUAAAAGUCUUUUAUUUGCUUUGAAAUCCCUCAAUACGCUCGCCCCGCCGUACCUCUCUGAGCUUCUACACUUUUAUACUCCUUCCCGGUCUCUCAGGUCAGCCGAUCAGUUGCUCCUGAGAGCCUAAAACAAAGCGGAAGCUCAGAGGAGAUCGUGCUUUUGCUGUCGCAGCUCCUAAACUUUGGAAUAACCUGCCUCAGCACAUCAGAGAGGCCUCCUCUCUGCCUGUUUUUAAAUCCUGUCUUAAGACCCUCCUCUUCUUCUUGGCUUUUAACACCCAGUAGGAGGUUGACUUCAUUUGUUUGAUUUUAUUCAUUGUGUUUGUUUUUAUUUGAUUUUACUGUGUUUUAUAUCAUUUUAUUUUUACCUUAUCUGUUGUGCUUCUGUUGUAUUAUUUAUUGUAUUUUUAUCCUGCUGUGCAGCACUUUGGAAACCUUGUGUUUGCUUAAAUCGUUCUAUAUAAAUAAAAUGGAUUGGAUUGAAGUCCUAUUUAUAAGCAUAAGCUAUAGGGAAUGGACAUUACAGUUUGAUCCUGUUAUACCAAUAAGCAGGGGUUUGUUUUUGAGUUUUAUUUCUUAACUGUGACUCAUUUCCAAAUGACAACACAAGAAAAAUGUGCAAUAAGCUGAAGUGUUCACGAUUUAAAUCUACACUAAAAGCACGGUUUGGGAGCAGGAGCAGAUGUUCCUCCCUGCGUCUCCCAUCAUAAUGAACUCUGCGAUAGAGUUGAUUUCUUUUCUUUUAAAAAAUAUCAGCCUCAUUUUGUUCUUUUUCUGUUUCCAGAUCGAUAACAAAGGGAACCAUCUAUUAGUUUCUGAGGAGGCCUCGAUCAACGUUCCUGCCAUCGCCGCCGCUCACGUCACCAAACGUUACACCGCACAGGCCACCGAUGAGUUAACCUUCGAGGUCAGUCUCGCCAGAUAUUUCUGAUCCCAUCAUAAUGAUUGUUUUUCAGAGUGCCUGUGAUCGGUCUUUAUCGUAAUCAUCCCUCUGUUUUUGAUGCAGGUCGGGGACAUCGUGUCAGUCAUAGACAUGCCUCCAAAAGAAGACACGGGGUGGUGGAGAGGGAAACAUGGCUUUCAGGUACACCAUCUGCUCUGCUCCAUCUGCAUUGUGAUUAAUUCAGAACACUCUUAUUUUGUUUGCGCUCAUGUAAAAACUUAUAAAAGUGGCAUUCGGUCUGUAGGAUUGAAUUGUUUGACAACAUAUGUCAGACGUCAUGAUCUUCUGUCUUCAAAUGUGUCACAUUUACGCAUUUGAAUUAUUUUGAGCGUGAGGAUGAUACUGAGAGAUGAAAACUCAUGUUUGUGCUUUAUACUGAGAUUAUUUACGCUAACUUCUUGUUUUUGAAAUUCACCAAAGCUAAAAGCAGCAGGUUCGUCCUUGCAGUUGAGCGACACCUUAAAAUCCUCUCCACAAACCAUCUAUUUUCAGCCCGAGGCAGCAUGUACCCUCAUGCUUGCUGACCUAUUUCUGAACCUCCCUCAACACCCCCACUGGUCUUUUGAACUUACAAGUGUUAUCGCCGUCUCUACCUCUCCUCUUCCCUUCACUCAUCCUCUCCUCUCCACUCACAGGUUGGUUUCUUCCCCUGCGACUGUGUUGAGCUGAUAAAUGACAAGAUUCCCCCCAGCGUUCAAAGCUCGGUGCCAAAGCCAGGUACUCUCCAGCGUGUCUGCCCCCCCCCUUCCUGCUUGAUGAUUUAUUUAAGUCUUGCUCUGGGGAUGUGAGACGGAUUGAUUUAAAGUGGCUGUUUUGUGCGUGUGUGUGUCAUCCUAAUCAGUGUGUAAGAAGCAUGGGAAACUCGUAACCUUCCUGAGGACUUUUAUGAAGUCUCGACCGCCGCCUCAGAAGUUGCGGCAGCGUGGGAUCCUGAGAGAGAGAGUGUUCGGCUGUGACCUGGGGGAACAUCUCCACAACUCAGCACAUGAGGGUGAAUUACUUUUACAAUAUCUCCUCUUUUUUUUCCUUAUUUUCCAUCCUGCUCUGCUUACCUGCGGGCAGUUCACACCAAAAUAUUUCAGUUUAUAUUCUAAAACCCCAACAUGGGAUUACCCUGCAAAGCUCCUUUGUGGAUUGGGGUUUGUGAUACACUGCUUUGAUGUUUACUGUGAAUUAUAAAUCCAUGGUGUGAAUAAUUGUGUUAUGUUACCCGGCAAGAUUCUCUUCUGCAGAGGACUUUGUAGAUUUUUUUUAAAGGACGUGGAUUUAUUCUGGUUUUUCAAACAUGUCAAAAUGCUCGUGGCCUAAAAAGCUUUAUUGAUGUUUUUAAGUAUUUUAUCAGUUUGUGUUUUGUUCACUUGCAGUGUGAUUGUCGAACUUUGCUCAGGUCUGUGUUUUGUUGUUGAUACCUUGGAUACAGAGGCUGGCUACACACAAGACGACUUGACUGAUUUAAAAAACACAUGCGGACAUUUCUGACCGAGUUUUAACAUUACAGCUCUGUGGACACACACUUGAAGGUUUCAUUAGAGUGUUGGACCGCACACUUAACUUUAAAAUGACAAGGUCACUGUGCAAAGUCUCUACAGAUAUGAAAUCUAACAGGCUUUAGGAGACAAACAUGGAGGACAACUGACGUCACCAGCUGUCUGUCCUUGCAUGUGUUUAGUUUUGCAGAGAAAAACAAAAGAAAGGAGAAUACGGAUAAAAUCCUGACUAAUCUGUAAAGGUGGUCCUUCAGUGUCACUCUGAUCUGGAGUCAUAAAUAUUUAACAUCUUUGAUGUUUAGCAGUGAAAUAGUUGCAUUGAUUCCACACCUUUGAGGAUUAUUUGGACAAGCAAUGAAGUGUGACAAACCUCAAACCAGACUCCCCAGAGCAUCGAGGGUCAUAAAUCAGGCCUUCAAUUGGAGCCAUAAAUCGUCUAGUGUGUGUCAAGCCUAAGGUCAUGACCUCUGUGCUUGUUAUGCAGUAUAUAGUCAGCAUUUAAAGAACUGAGUGGAUAAUUGGCAGGUCUAUUCUGCUGUUUUAUUUACUUUGAUUAACAGUUAUGAUCUCGGUUUCUGAAAAAUUCCAGUCAAUGUAGUUUUAUUAGCUCAGGUAACAUGAAGUAUGAAAUAAAAAUCAGAUAAAUCAUAAUAAAGAACAGAUUCUUACAUACCUCACAUCAAAAUAUUGUAAUUUUUUUACUGUUUGAAGACUUUUCUGAUUUAAUUUACUACCUCAUGUUCUUGUUAUUGUAGUUUGUCAAAGAAGAGUUUAUUCGUUUUCUUUUAGGUAGAUUCAUAACAUAACAGCAUAAUGCUUCAUUAGAUUAGUCAUAAAACUAUUAUCCAAGCAGCAUUAGAUUAGUUAUACUUUAUGGGCAUGUUUUUUUUUAACAUACAGGUGUCUGAUUAAUACAGCAGGGCAGAGAAUACCACAUUUCUACUUGCAUGAAGUGAGGUAGAAGGACAGAGUAGCUGGUAAAACUCAAAAGAGACUGGCAGUCAAAUGUGGCUUUGAGUCGACUCAUGAUCUAUUCUGACCAAAAUGAUGUUAAAGAUCUGAGUUGGGCUGAAAGAGGAAAGAGUUCACAGAAUUAGUUUUCCUGUUACAUAUUCUCAAAGCAACACGAGAAACCGUAAUUUACUUCAACUCAGUAACAGCGCAGUGAUAUAAAAUGUGACUCUCUGCUCCCACAGUCCCACAGGUUGUAAAGAGCUGUGCUGAAUUCAUCGAGAAACACGGAGUGGUGGAUGGAAUCUACAGACUGUCUGGGAUCUCCUCUAACAUCCAGAAACUGAGGUUUGUACCUCUGUUGUUAUCAGGAUAAGAAAUUUACUCUAAGAAAAUGUUAAUUUGUUAUUUUAAAAAAAAAAGGAACAAUGGGGGGACUUAAUUGGAAACCACAUUCUGACAAGUUCUUUGUUUUUGUCGGGCAUUAUGGACUGGGCUGACUCACUAAAGAAGCACUGAAUAGGAAACAAUUAUUAGAAAUUAACAGAAGAAGCUCAACAAUAACAUCAUGGACGCUGCUCUCCAAGUUUGUUGUUUUUUCCAUUUAGCCGCUUCUUGUGAAAUCCAUCAAACUGAAUUGAUUCAAGCUGUGCGGCCUUGAAUAGCUGUAAUGAUUUUCACAUCUAAUUUAUGCCCACCAGGAGGAAUUAAUAAAACAAAUUCUCACAAGCAAGAUGGAUUUGGAAGCUCUUAAUAGGCUGACGGGGUGUUGACAGCCCGUCAAAAGGGAUUUAAAACGUGUUGAGUGUUGAAUUAUAGGAAAUGAUAAAUGUGUGAUGGCUAGUUUGAGAUUCUCCAUGUUGGUAAUGAAGGACCUUUUCAGGCUGUUUGGCCCAACUUUGAAAAAUAUCCUUAUUUAUUUUAUUUUAAAUCUUUAUUUAAGCUUUAUCGAACAGGUCAGCUUGAGAGAGAGCGAUGUACCUGAUCCUGUUGAGUCCAGUGAAUCAGUAUGAUGAGGACUAUAGCGCCCGUAUCAAACCAGCAAUCCUCCCUGAGAGUUAUUCUUUUUGAAAAGGAAGGUAGAGAUGUUAGAGAUCUCCGAUUGAAGGUCGAAAAGUCUGUGUUUUAUGUUUUAAUGCUGACAGAUGGGCAGUAGGAUGACUCCAACGCUCCUGUAUUAUUCUAUCUCCUUCCAGGCACGAGUUCGACUCCGAACAGAUCCCAGACCUAAGCAAGGACGUCUUCAGACAAGAUAUCCACUCGGUGGGCUCCCUCUGUAAGCUGUACUUCAGAGAGCUGCCGAACCCUCUGCUCACCUAUCAGCUCUACGACAGAUUCUCAGUAAGAACUACAGCAAGAGGGAAACUGGGGCAGGGACUUAGACGGCGGAUAAGCACAGUGAAGAAAAAAAAAAAAGCAGCUGAGGACAAAUUUCCGGUCCCUCCAAGAUAAUAAUAGAACUGAAGAAACAAUGUAAAAUUUUAAGCUCAUUUUAAAGUGCUGCUAGAAUGAGGUCAUUGAAUUAUACUGGGCUUUCAAAGAACAGCAGGGGGUGUUGGUGCUGAAACAGAAUAGCAGAUUAAGAGAGCCGAAACAUGUGCUGUUUUAAAUAUAAAAAGGGGAAAAGAGAGCAGAAGAGUGAAGAGCAAGUCCCUCCACUCUGAUUAUGAACCCUCCCAGUGAUGUUCUCUUUAUCCUCUGUCUCCACAGGAAGCUGUGUCUGCAGCCACAGAUGAAGAGAGACUGGUCAAAAUCCACAAUGUCAUCCAGCAGCUGCCUCCUCCACACUACAGGUCAGGAUGAAGACUCACUGUUGCACUCUGGCGGCCGUAACGGGAACUGUGUCAUUUCUAGAAAAAGGGGUGCAGCUUCAAACCAGCUCAAACCGUCAGUGCUGAAAAUAAUGUUCAGUUUGAUUUAAAGGGAUAUUCCGGCGUCAAAUUAAUUUAGGGUCAAACACACCGUAACACCGAGUUAGACACCCCCUCGAGAGAUGAAUGUUGCCGACCGCUUGCUUCUUUAGUUAUACCAACUUUAGUAACGAGCGCACAAUAGCAAGACAGAGAGCCACGUGCUCUACCAAAACGCCACUCUAUAGCCACAAAUAAUGCUCAGAACAGCACCUAACUUCAUCAACAGUACAUAUAGGGUCCCAGCCAUAGUACUAGCCAUGAAACAUCUUUUUAGCUUUGCCUAAUUUCUUUAGUAAAGAGACUAAACACAACUCACCUACUCUCUUCCAGCAGCCGCUUGUUUGUAGCAAGACCUCAGGCCAGUCCAUUACAGACUGCAGCGGGAUGACGCAGCUCAAGGAAGAACAUUUAUUAUUAUUUCUUUAUGGAAAUGCAAUACUUUGAGGAAAUGAUAAAGAAAUGAUCACAAAUGUUCUUCCUUGAGCUGUGUCACCCCGCUGUAUUCUGUAAUGGACUGGCUUGAGGUCUACGUACAAACAAGUGGCUGCUGGAGAGGAGUGGGUAAGUAAUUUUUAGUCCAUUUGCUACAGAAAUUAGGUAAAGUUAAAAAGAUGUUUGGUGGCUAGUGCUGUCGCUCGGACCCUAUAUGUACUGUUGAUGAAGUUAGGAGCUGUUCUGAGUAUUAUUUGUGGCUAUAGAGUGGCGUUUUGGUUGAGUGUGUGGCUCUCUGUAAUGCUAUUGUGUGGUCGUUAUUAAAGUUGGUAUAACUAGAGAAGCAAGCAGUCGGCAACAUUCAUCUCUUGACAGGGGUGUAACGGUGUGUUUGACCCUUACUUAAUUUUACGCCAGAAUAUCCCUUUAAAUGGCAGAGAAAAGUAUGAAAGAGUAGGAAAUCCUGAAAAGUCUUCUUAAACUAAAAGUUUCAGUGCUUUGGCCUCUUUAAAAAUUACAAAUUAAAAAAAAUUAAAAAUUAAAUCAGUUUUGACCUAUAUCCCAUCAGUCAACAUAGAGGGUGUAAGGUUUACUACCUUCAUUUAGGCAGUCACCAGCUGGAUCUCUAAAUCUUUGGCAGUAGUUGUCAUGUCGUUCAUUUCAGAGUACAGAUGUGACACUCUGCUUUGAAUAGGCGCCUCAAAUGUCAGACUGAUCAAAUCUUAGUAAAGUGCAGCGGCCCUGAACUCACCAGUGACUCGGAUAACAGCCCUUUUCUUGCUGUCUGAAAAAAAAAUAUUCUGGGUUUCUCUGUCAUAUUUUGUAUUUAUUCCAACCUCUCUUUAUCCACAGGACUCUGGAGUACCUCAUGAGACACCUCUCCCACCUGGCUACAUUCAGCUCUACCACCAACAUGCACACGAAAAACCUGGCGAUUGUCUGGGCUCCUAACCUGCUCAGGUGAACGAUCAUUAUUUCUGCAUGCAAACUGAGUAAAGUAGUACUUAUCAGUGUCUACGUCGCUGUGAAGUGUUUCUGUGACAGUGAACUGGAGCACGUCUCAGUGGUGCAGAGCCGUGAAAUAGGUUGUGCUGUACUGUAACUGUGUUUCAGGUCCAGACAAAUCGAGUCGGCCUGUUUUAGUGGCACAGCGGCGUUCAUGGAGGUCCGGAUCCAGUCGGUGGUGGUUGAGUUCAUUCUCAACAACACUGAGGCUCUUUUUAGUCCUAAACUUAAUGCCAUCAUACGAGAAAGCACAGGUGGGUUUAAGUGGAGAUCAAAUCCCACAUGGCACAUUUCUGAAGUUAUACACACAUCUAAUACUCUCUCAAAAUCCUAUUUUAGGUAACAACACCUUAGCCAGACCCAAGUCCCUACUGGUCUGCUCCCCAUCUACCAAGUUACUGUCCCUGGAGGAGGCCCAGGCCCGCACUCAGGCACACCUCAGCUCCCCGGCCACAACGCCAUGCCUCACCCACAGUGACUACAUCGAGGUCGGGGAGGGACCAGGAGCUCUGCUUGGCAAGUUCCACACUGUCAUAGAGCUCCCCAUGGAGAGGUAUUUAUCAGUUCCCUGGAUUUGUUGUUUUAUAUGCUCUUUGUGUUUGAAAAUCUAAUUACCAUGUGUUUGAAACAAUAAAGAAGUUCACCGUGUUACUUCAAACCUUAAAGUGAUAUUCCAGAGUAAAAUUAAUUUAGGGUCAAACACACCGCAACACCGAGUUAGACACCCCCUCGAGAGAUGAAUGUUGCAGACCGCUUGCUUCUCUAGUUUUACCAACUUUAGUACCAACACAACUCACCUACUCUCUUCCGGCAGCCGCUUGUUAGUAUGUAGACCUCAGGCAGGUGCAUUACAGACUUCUACGGGGUGUCGCAGCUCAAGGAAGAACAUUUAUGAUCAUUUCUUUAUGGAAAUGCAAUCAGACUGAGACGCUAAGGCAAAAGAACUACCGCGUCUUCAGUGCAAAAUGAUUAAUAUGGUGAUUAUUACUUCAAGGAAAUGAUAAAGAAAUUAUCAUAAAUGUUCUUCCUUGGGCUGCGUCACCCCGCUGUAGUCUGUAAUGGACUAGCUUGAGGUCUCGCUACAAACAAGCGGCUGCUGGAAGAGAGUAGGUGAGUUAUGUUUAUGUUAUGUUAUGAUUUCCUAUGAGUAAUGUUUGACCCUAAAUUAAUUUUACGCCAGGAUACUCCUUUAAUUUAAAAAGUUGUCUGAACUUUAAUUCUCUCUUUGUAUCUUAUGACUGAUACAGUCAGCACUUUUGUUGAAUGAGAUAGGUGUUAAGAAGGACUUGUUUUUGUGUUGUAGCACCAAGCGGCCUCCUGCCAAAGCCAAGAAGUCUCCUGUGGGGAACUGGCUCUCUUUUUUCCAUCUGGGCAAGUCCCAGUCUGUAUCCAAACGUAAGCUGAAGCGACACCCCAGCGAGCCGAACGAGAUAAAGAGCAUCGCACUGCCAGGUCAGAUCACUGCUACUGUUACACGGCCAGAAAACUUUUUCAUUUCCACCUUUCAGAGCUUGUGUCGGGACUUUUUAAAAUAACUUUAAGCCUGUUAAGUUAUUCAAAUAAACCUGACAGACAAGUGUUUUGGACACGCUCUUGAGGGGGAUGAUUCAAUUUAGGGAGGAAUAUAAUUGGAUAUGAAAACAUUUGCAGGUGGAAGAGGAGAUAGCGGCACGUUACGCUCCACCAAGAGUGAGGAAUCUCUCACCUCUUUGCACAAUGUUGAAGGUAAUUAUUGAUUAAAAGUUGCUCCAAAUUGUUUUUAAAUCAAUUCCUCUGAAGACAUAUUAAUGUAUUUGUUGGUUUCCAUCUCAGGGGAAACUCCAGUGUACCGCUCACGCAGACCCCGUUCAACUAGCGAGGCCCAAUCUGCCGUCUGCAAAGAUGAACUACGCAAACCCAAGAGCAAAGAGGACCACAGAACCUACCAACCCAUUAAAAGUUAUGACGGUGCUGAAAGCGUCCGCACUAUUGCGUGUAUUUCACCUCCAUACCAGGAAGAGGAUCUGGAUCUUUGUCCACCUGCUGCGGGCAUUUUUAGUUUGGACUUUGACCCCAUGUCUUUUCAGUGCAGCCCACCCUCAGGGACGCCUGGGCUUCAACACAGCAAAGAUGGAAAUAAAUGGAGGAAGAGUGCAGGAUGCUCGAGCGAAUCAGAGCCCAUCUCCUCUCCUAAUAACAACAUUAGCUGCUCUCCAUCCCCUGAUAUCAGCCCGGUUUUAGGUAAAAGUGCAAAGAAGGUUACCUCCCAGCCGCUCUCUCCAAAACUCAGGAAGAAAUCUCUACGAUCGCAAGCGGACGCGCAGAACGCAUCUGCCUCACCUCCACCUCUUCCCUCUUCUUCUCCACCUUUGGAGAGGCAUAAAGCUCCACUGGCAGAUGGAAAAGAGACGAGGGCGCCGUACCCACACUGCAGCCCUCUCAGCACAGCGAGCCAGGCGUCAGCUCUGACGGAGCUCAGCCAGUCUGCUCAGAACCUGCCUGAUCCAGGUCAGUGCCACUCCACACCAACAUUAAUUUACAUAUAGUUAGAAUCUAUUUAAACAAUAAUGCGUGCUGUAGUUUCUUAUGAAAGCUUUUGUGUCUUUCCCCAUCAUGUCUUACCAUAGCUUUGUUUGUCCUGUCAUACUGUAGCGUUGUUUGUCUUAUCCCUCCCCAGGAACAGAUAGACUUAUGAGUUCAGUAUCUGUUCUCCCUCCUCACCCUCCCUUGACGAGUGCUGCCCGCAAGUUGGCUUUGGCUCUUGCUGAGUCUGCCCAGAAGGCCAGCAGCGGUUCCCAGAGAAGAAAAGACGUCUCAUCGCGCCCUCACCAGAGACCAGAAGCUGCUUACGCCGAGGAGAGACCCCCCAGGCCUUCGGUUCUGGAUCUUAAAGUGUAUCCUCAGGAGUACUGCGGCCCCCACGCUCCGUCUGCUUCCCAGUGGCAAACAUCAGCACACAGCCCUGUGGAGACCCACUGCUGCCCUCAUCCAGUUCAUUUCCUACCUGCACACCUUGGCUCUGAGCCGUUACAGGUCGCUGACGGACAGGAAAGCAUGUGCAAUUACACCCCUAAUGUGAGUCCGCUCGGGUCAGGUAGCUUGGAUGAAGGCACCGCCGAGAGGAGGAACCGUAGAGAGGAAAAAGACCCCAGAGGUGGAACACAAGCAGAACCAACCUAUCAAAGUGUUGGCGUUUCGACACCGACCCAGCCGGCCUGCUCAGCUGAUAGUCCGUUGACGUCUCCCGUAUAUGUGAACACCGACUCUGUCAAUGUAUUCAACUUCCGCGCUAUUCUGGCAGAGACCUCCAUGCCUGCCUCAAUCGAGGAGGUCCUCCCACGCCCUUUACAUCACUACAGCACAGAGGACGACCGACCUCUGGGCCUUGUCGAUGAUUUCUACAGUCAUCCUCAUCCUCAUCAUCAUCAUCAUCUUCAUCAGACGUAUCAAACUGGAAGAAUGCCUGCACAUUACUGCCCUCGGCCCAGCGCUCUGCCACAUCACCUCAUGGGGCCGAAAAGUUUGUACAGACAGUCUUCUGAAGGCCGCUACAGCACUUUAGGAUUACGACACCCUUUGUCACCUCAGUACAGACGUUACCACAGAGGAGAGCACCUUAUCAGAGGCCCCCCUAGGCAACAAAGUCAGUGGCAGAGGUCAGAAGAUAGAAUAAUGAGGCACCCGGCCAUCCGGAGGGCCCGCUCCUUCCAUGCCCCUCAGAUUAGUCACUACGAGCUGGCGGAGACAGAAGUGCUGCCCCCUGACACCAUGUUUUAUGUUGAGCAGACAGCAAGCCAGGAGGCACCCUAUCAGAGGCUGAUUCAGACUGGCAUUCAGCCCGUCCGGUCACACUUUGAGAACCAACGUCCUGAGUAUCAUUACAACCCUUACUCUGACGUGAACCCUGUAGAUGUUGCCCACUUCUACGUAGAGCCGAGUCAGCCACGCGGUUUCCAACACAGUCAGUCUUAUACCGUACGAUCCACAAUGGAAGAUGAACAACCAGAGUAUUACAACUACUCUCCACAACACGUCCCUGCUGCAAACAGGGAGCUUUGCAUAAAAAGCAGGGACACUGUGGUUUAUGAGGCCAGAGACGCAGAAGUGUUCGAAAGAGUCGUUUAUCAACCGGUCAAACAGGAGAGUAAAUCCAGACAUAAAAGUGCUCGUCCUGCCGUGUCACCUCCUGAGAGCCCUGGAUCACCUAUUGAUACAAGGAGCAGGGACAUAAUGCACACAAGAAGCAAGUCAGACCCUGGAAACGCCUGUCUCCUUUCCGCUAACAAGGCAGAAAAGGAAAAUGUUGAAGUUGAUAUAUCCCCAACAUCCCCGAGGUCUUACCAGGAGGAUCUCGGGGUCACGAGGCCGCAGUAUAGUCAGCGGUCAAGUGCCAAUCCAGGAAAGUCUAGACAGAGUCACAUCCAAGAGAGAUCUUCACGACAGCCACCUCUUCGCAAAAUCCCCUCGCUUCCAGAAAGGAGUUGUCCCAACGUGAAAAACCCUGAGCACAACGACAGAAGCCAAACACGAGGUCACAACCAAGAUCAACUAAUGAUGACCAACGCCGUCAACAGCUGCUCCGGGCUUGUGAAACCCGGCAUCCUCAGGAGACAGGGGAGGUCGCAAAGCACCAGGGAACACCGACACUACUAUCAUCACCACGCCAAAUCUCCUCUAGAUCCUGAACACCUGGGAUCCUUUUCUUCUCAGCCCACCAGAAGGACUCAGAGCACUAAAGUCAGGCCAACACAAUAUGACCACAUGGAGGGGUAUUACGCAGCUCCAAGACCCAAAGCCACAAGAUCUGGUAAAGCUGCAGCCGGAUAUUUGCCUAACCCAGGCUGCAUGUCUCCCCGUGGGCAGAGACUGCUGUCCAAGGCCCUGGGUCAUGAGGGUUUUUAUCAUGCUGCACUGAGAUCAGAGGCUGGGGUCUUCGAGUGAUGCUGACCACUGUUUUUUUUUUUUUUCUGAUUUUACGCUGGGGCCAAAGGAGAACAGCACUUUAUCCUCUGCCAGACCAACAGACUGUUGUGUUGAGAGUGUGUUUGUUGUAACCUUCAGGAGCUGCUAAAAAGUGUGAAGUGAGCCUGCUGCUGGUAACCCUACUGUCGCCAUCACUGUUAGUUUCAUAUUUUGCAAUGGCUUUUGGGAAGUAAAGAGAGAACAUGUAAAUCAUAAGCAGAUAUUGUCUUAAAUUUUGUGAUUGGAAAGUUACAGUAACAACAGGCAUGUUUGAGAAAUUUGAUGGCUUUUUAUAUUUUAUUUAAUGUCUAAACAACUGAAAUGAAAACUUAAGUAUUUGGUUCUAUUAACAUGAUUUCAGUGUAGGAAUGUGUAUAAAUUAACAUUCAUUUUAAAUGUAUUAUAUUUGUAUAAACAACACACAGCUAACAUGUGGCCAAUGUACUGUAAAUUUUGUUUUCUAUUCUAGUCUGCUCAGACUUCAACAAGCACUUUUGGGGAUAACUGUGUAUGAAACACAUUGUCUUAACGUGGUGUACAUGAAGCCUCUUGAUAUACAGUAUAUAUUUUUGUUUCUGUAAAAAAACAGCUUGCUCUGAAUCAUUGUUAAAAACUAAAUUAGCACUUUUUGCAGGGUAAAAUGAAAAAAAAAAACACUCAUGGUUUCUGACUUUUCUUUUUUUCCUUUCUCACACAUUGUGUAAUGCAAUCUUAAAAUAACAAUGAGUGCUAUGAUUCCUUUUAAGGUCAGAGCUACCGUGGCUAAAUAUGCUAGUGAUACAGUAAAUGCAAAUUAGCUUAUUCGGUAAAGUGUAUUUUGUAUUGCAUUGUGGUUUUGUCACUAAAUGAACAUUUCUUUUCUCUUUUAGGGGGACUUUUAACAAUGUGUUGUUUUAAAUUGAAUAUGACGUUGUUUAUUCAUUAAAGAUGCUAUUUCAAAUCCAAACAUGUAGAUGAGGAUAUUCUGUUAAGACAUGUUAAAUGCAUUAUUUUAGUAUCGGUCCUAAAAAUAAAGAUAUAUUAUAUCAUUGAUUAUGGUUUGUUGAACUCUUGUGUGAUUGAUAUUAAAUUUUUGGGUAAGCAGCCACUUUUAGAAAUCUCUGGUGACUCCAAAUCAGAUUCUAUUCAUCUAUCAGCCCAGAGAUAUGACAAAUUUUAUUAGAAAAAGUCACACCUACGUGACCUACAAUGCAACAGGUAAUGGGCUCAAGUUACAUCAUCCAAGGACAGGUGUGUUUUUUUAAUAUGCACACCAGCUUUCCCUUCUAGCUACAGUAGUGAUCGGCACGGCAGUUCUUUUAGAUGUACUGAAUCACUGGAAUUAGUUGACCAAAAAGAUUUGUUCAAAAGAUUCGUUCACCAAAUCAUUCAGCGCUUGGCAGGAGAAGCCUGCGACUCCGACCUUUUAAACUGAUACACAGCUGAACAUUCAGGAUUCAGUUCAAUUCAUAGCUUCUGGGACCGGGAGAUGAGAGUCUUCGGCUGUGUUGCUUUGACAAACAGGAUUCAGAACAUGCACCGUUCCCUCGCAAACAGCCGCAAUGAUAGGAUGCUGUGGGUUUAAUGCACUACUUGUAACAUGCUGUGUCCUAUUGUAUGCAAGUUGUUGUAGUGGAAAUUUAGUAGUAAAAAAUAAAAAUAAUAAAUUAGUUUUGCCUGAAAAAGUGAUUCAAGAGUGUAGUUCAAUGCGUGAUUUGUUUACCAACUGAUUCAGACGUUGACGCAUGCAGUCCCUUGUUCCUUGGCUGCUUGCCUGGCUGACAGCUUAACUAAAGUGAGAAACGAACGUGAUUCGGUUCAGUACGUUCACUUGAAAGAUUCGGUUCUUUCGAACGAAUCGUUCGCGAACGACACAACACUAGCCUGUCCCUCCCAUAAGAGAGUCUAAUGGAGUGCUAGGUAUUGGAUUCUCAGAGAGCCACAUAAAAAGAGCAACAAUAGUUCAAAUAUACAAAAUGCAAAGGUUAUUUAAAGGUUACACCAUGCCCCUCUGCCGGUUUGUUGGAACAAACUGACCUGCAAAGAGAAAGAUCUGAAACUUUUGGCCCAAGUUUCAACCCUCACUUCAAGGGCAGGUAGGCAGCCGUCUUUGUUAUGAUUUUUACAACUUCAACAGGAAAAAAAGUUUCAUGCUAUCAAUGAGCCGGAUCUUAAGACAAACCAUAACGAAAUUCAAAUGUCUUGGGGGCAAUAUAAGGUGAUUUUGGAUGCCUUUCUAGCUCAUGGUUAUGUGUUAGCUUAAAUAAAUAGAUGCUAAUUGCUAACAGACACAUAAACAGAGUUGUCAGCCCCACCUGUCGUAGAUUAUGAGGUUUUUUUUUUUUUUUAUUAUCGCCCAGGAAGUAAAAUUUAAGGAAACUUACUAUUUCUUCAUUUUCGGUGGUGUUUUCCCAACUCCAGACCCGACAAACACCGUAGUUUGUAGUUUGUUGUUUGUUUCAUUACCUGCAGAUCUACAGUAGCGCCUCUUCUCCACCAGGUGGCACUGUAGCACUGCAAACAUCUGAAAGCACCACUUUCAUUCUGGGGAGAUUACCUUGAUUUGCUUCUCUGUCGCCCUGUAUCUGCUCAGAAAUUUUCGCACAAGAUCUUUCUGGUAUGGCGUGUAUGUCUUCUUAAUUUCCAUAGUGUUAUUUGUGAAAACAACACGGAAUUAAUGUAGAACAAUACCUUUAGGGUGAUGAAUCCUCUAUUUGACUAUGGGGGUGACCUCAGCUGUAGAUGAUGCCUGAAAAUGAGGCCACUCCUGGCCUAAGAUAAGCUUGUUGCUAUAGGAAGCCCAUUCAGACGUGAUUUCAAGUGAGCUGAGUGGCUGGAGGAUAAUCAGAGGGAAUCAGCAAAGGUUGUCCAAAGUGCCUCGGGGAAUUGCUGCUUUGUUGGAAAUAAUUUAAGUGUUUCCCCCACCCCACCAGAUCAAAACAUCCUCCCAUUCACAGCUGACUGAAAGGCUGGGUCUGUGGUGAAAAACCAUUAAGAGCGCCUUCGGACUCCAAGCUAUGUCUCCUGGCAGCUCUGCAUUGCUCCUGGGGCAGUGAGCCAUUGUUUAUUCAUCGCCGCAUUGGCAUUCAAAGUGCAUCCUCACUGUUCUCUCUCAUAACCAACAAGUUGCAAUUUUUAUGCAUGUGAAGGUUGAAGGCAAAUUAUUUAUGGGAGACUGGACCUGAAGAAAAAGAACGGCCUCAAGCAAAAUGGUUUACGUUGAGAGCAAUCCCUUUUCCAUAGGCUAUUGAAUUCGCCAGAUCACACAAAGAUAUGCAUGUAUUAUUCAGCGUUUCAGAAAGAGAAUUGUUGCCCUGCUAGACAGCCAUCUGCUUUUUUCGGACAUUGUGAUGCAUUUGAGACAUGCCACCUUUCAGGAUAAGGUUAAAGUCUUAUUUUUCAGUGAGGGGCAAAUGAAAUGAGUGGGGAAAAAGGCCCUCCUUUGCCCUACUGCUCACCUUCUGCCUCACUUUUCAGGGUAGGAAAUACAUGAGCAGAAAAUUGUGUACGUGUGUCUUGAUGGGUAUGAAUUGGAGGACAUGUGGAACAAGUUGAGGCUUAGCUGCAAAGAGGAGGGAACUUUCACCUGCGUGAGAAAUUAUUCAAGAACAUCUGGUGUAGUCCAGGUGGAGAGAUGGGAUGUGUGAGGCGUGCAGUGGCCAACGCAAGCAGCUGGAAGGUGAAAGGACCAUCACCCCUACAGGGGGCAGGUGAUCUGUGCAGUACAAGUUUCCCUGCACACACUCCGAGAGAUGACUCUUAAGAAUUGAACGAAAUUGUGCAUUAUAGACUUCUUUCUUUCUUUCUUUCUGGAGGUGCAAUUUAAAAUCCUAAAUGGUUCUUACUGCGGCUGCAGCCUGCACGUUUUUAUUAUUAGCGAUGUAGCACAUGGCAGGAGCUGUGCCUCUCUGGUUCACAGCACUUUAGUGGCUCCAUAAAGAACCAUUUUUGGUUGUUCAUUACAGACUAAUGUACCAUUACAAAACAUUAUUGGAACUUUAUGAAUGUACACUUCCUUGUUUUUUCUUUGAUGGAUCUUGACUGUAGAGUGCAGAGCAUAUUUGAAUAGUAAAAUGGUGCGGUAGAAGCCUCGACUCCAUAAAAAAUCCUUUUUGAUAAAGAUGAAUCCUGUCAGGGCUUAUUUUUAAGUUUACAUCAGUCUAAAUAUGAGUUUCGCACUUUUCUUCUAGUGAAUAUGCAAUCAGAAGUAUUUUCUUUUAAAAGCCACAGCUGUGGUGUAUAGAUAGAACCAUGUGAUGGCCGGAAAUAGUGCCCUAAAAUAGAUGCAUUAGGAGCACACAAAGCAGCACAUUAAAGAUGAUGCAUCUAUUUUUUGUUUCCCUGUUUAUCUGACAGAGAAAGAAAAAGUCUGAUCUGCUCUCUGGCGUCCUGACUCGGUGCCACGUUGUCCUCGGUGUUGACGGUGAGGCGAUAAGUUUCACAAGAGCUAAACAAGUAGAUGUCACUUUCUACUUUUAGGCGUGUUUCUGUUAUCUUUUCAGCACCUCGCUGAUUGUGUGUCUGCACCCGUAAAAGUCGUUGCCACCAGUUAAAGCAAGAAAGAUCAUCAAUGGCUCGCUUAAUCAGCUGGUUAGCAUGACAAUGGAUCCUGAUUUAAUUACAGCAACCUUGUUAGUACUUCUGAUAAACAAUUAGGCGCCGGCUAUGGGCAGGAAAAUUUUAUUUUCCAUUCGAGAGUAACCAUGGUGUUUGAAAUAAAAAUAAAAAAAACAGUCGCUCUUCGAGGGAGCAGUGGAGGAGAGCAGGGACACAGAGCUUUGUGAUUGAAUAAGUGAUUAGACCUCAGGUUUACACAAAGGCUCCUCGCUCACAGUAAUGGCUGCCUAUUAGGGCUCAGUUUUUUAAUUUGACAUUCACAUGCAUAUCAAAGUGACUGAGCAACCAGACGUGUGUGUGCUGGCCCGAACAGUUUGUGUUGCAAAUAAUACUCUUGACCUUUCACUGAUGAAUAAUAGCCCGAGAAACAGAAUGUAAUUAUCCAAAGGCAUUACAGGUAGUUCAAAAGGUAACCACCAGUUGAAUAAGCUUUAGCCAUGUGAAUCCAUUUGGAGCAUUUACUUGUAAAUGAUACAUCUGUUGUUUGGGGGGCAUGGCUCAACAGUUCAGUGGUUUUUAAAUUUAACAGGAUUUAAAAGCAUAGGGCAUCACUAAUGAGAAAGAAACAAAAGACACACAGUUUGACAGGAUCCAUGUCACAGCGGGUUGAUUUUAUUUGUCACACCUGAAACCCCUAAAAGACCUCCUACCUGGAUGGCUGAGCGCUAUGUAACCAGAGAUGCCAAAGUUAACAGUCUUAUCCAGUCAAAGGGUUCGGCGUUGCUAAUGUGUUGUUGCAAGUGGACCAAAUGAGCUGAUCCGAGUAUGAAAUUUGUUUGAGGGGAAACUUGCAUCUGAAUAGAAAAGCAAUCACACUCACUCAUGUUGAGACCAGAACAGGAGCCUCGCUGGCUUCAGGCUCCACCUUCUGUAAUUUCACAAGCGUUUAAUUUAUGCAUUUAAGACCUCAAUUUAAUUUCUGCAUUAAGAAACAAAGCAUGCCUGGACAUAAUUUAUCUUUCUGACUCGGCCUUUUUAAAUUGGACUGAAGCAAAUGUGCUUUGGGGUGGAGGUGGAAAUGCUUUCUGAGAGAAAACUUCUGCGGUCUCCCAUGCACAUCCAUCAGGUCUUAGAGUUUAUUAUGAAAGGGUAAAAUUACCUCACUUCCAAGUUGUUUACAUUUUGUAAUUUGGAUGAAAUCUUUCUUUUUUUUUUUGGCAAACUUGUUUUCCAAACUUAACAUAAUGAAUAAAAGCUCUGAUUGUAAUGAUAUGUUCUGGUUUUUAGUUUUUCCCUGGUUUUUGGUUUCCCCCGAGUGUUUUUUCUGUGUGAUUUUUCCCUGUUUUAUUUUGUAGUAGCUCUUUCCCCGUGUUUCUAGUCUUGUUUUACUCCCUCAGUUUUCCCUCCUCUGUGAUUUACUGCACCUGUGUCUCAGUGUCUCACCUGCCUCUCGUUUCUCAUUUACCUGUGUAUGUGGUAAAUUUGGGAAUUUUUCAGUUUGACCUUCCAAGAAGGUUUUUGUUUUUCUUCUUUCAAUCCCUUUUAAAAUAAAUCCUCUUUUUUGAUCUGCAAUUUGAGUACUUACCCUUUUUGUGUUACCCGGAUCCAAGACACUGAUGUUAUUCCAAGACAAAUGACACAAAAACAAACUAAAUGACACAGAACUUUGUCAAGUUUCCACUAAGUCACUGAACACUCAGAAAAACAUGUGCAGUAGUAAAAGGUGAUUUAAGGAUUAGACGUUAAAAUUAAAAGGUAAAUUUAACAUAAAAUGAAUUAAAAAGUUUAAAAAUUAAUUUAAAAAUGGAAGUUUUAGAGAGAGUUCUCGUUUUUAAAAGUGAAUGUCAUGAACUGCUAUUAUAACCAGGGUUUUUCCUUCCUUUUCUUUCCUUUUCUGACUCUUUUCUUUUUUCUUGAUAUUUAUUUCUUAUUCAUUUCCCUUCCUUUUCUUCAUUUAUUCCUUCUCCUCUCUUUUUUUCUUUUCCUUUCUCUUCUACUCCAUUCUUUCCUUAUUUUCUUCAAUACUUCCUCUCUAGAUAUCUCACUGCAGAUUUUGAUAUGAGACCAAAAUCUGAGGAACUUUACUGAAAAGUUCUUGGCAACUUUUAUGGGUUAGGGUCGAACAAAUUUUCUCUCUUAUUUAACCCUCAUGUGGAGUUGUUGUUUAGUUACUCAUGAUCUGGUUGACCCCUUGCAUUAUAUAAUACAGCCACAGCAAUUUAAGUAGAAGUAUUUAUAUUAACCCAGGAGCAAGUAUUAUAAACUGCAGUUAUGGUUGAUAUUUGUCUUUUACCCAUUUUUCUGAAUUAAAAUGCUUUUCAGUUUUUGUUCUAAAAUGCAAUUAUUAAGAGACUUUAAUUCAAGAUAUGGAGAAAAAACAAAUCUAAAACAAGUUUUUAAAUAUCAUUUAUAAUGUUGAUUCCCAAAAACGUAGUCAGACAUCGAACACAUUUAAAUCAGUCUACACUAUGAACACAACAGUCUGCAAAACACAUCAGCCUGUUCCAGUGGACCUCCAACACCACAUAUGCAGCAUAAAAUAUGUUCUUUACUGAAAAUGAGUCAGGGCCUGAGGUUAAAAAUAUAUGUAUUUUCUCACUUAUUCUGGUGCCAAAAAAGGUUGUUGUUAAAGUUUAGUGCAAUUCUGAUUUAAGAAUACAGAGAAAAUACUAUGUGCUGAAAUAAACGCCUCUGCCUUACAUAAAUGUCUCAUCUCCCUAUUUUCCUCUUUUGAGAUCUGUUCCACUGAAUGGCUCGAGGUGACAUAAUUGACAAAAAGUGACACAAAAAUUACUAUGAAGAGGCAAAAGGCACCUUCAUGCAAAUCAAAGUAAAUAAAGAGAGUUAAACUGUUUUCCCCCUCAUGUGUGAAAAGGACUUAAUUGUGCUCUCUCUGAAAAUAAAACAAACCUUUACUAUGUCGCAAGAAGUGAAACUGUCUCUAAUAGAGGUAAAAGAUCCAAUGAUGUGUUUACAAGUAAUUAAUAACAUAACUGAAGAACGUGUUUCUCACAUUUGCGGUAAUUACUCAAGGUCUAUAAUAGACGUCUGAAAAUAGCUGGUUGGUUGGACUACUGUGCAUCAAAUGCUAAUUAACUGUAGUAGACAAUGUGCUCCUUCUUGUUCCCUCUAACUUGUCUCAUUUGUUCCUUUCUGUACACAUUUUUCUUGUUUCACUAGCUCAGAUUUCUUUUGUUCACAUCACAAUGACAUGGUAAGAGUGUGCUAACACUGGGUACUAACUACAUCUCUCAGACUCCGGCUUUUAUGUCUUAAAGUGAAUACCCAGUGAUAGCACAAGAAUUAUAAUUUAGAUGACAGAUUCCUUCGUCCUCUCGUGGUUUCUGCCACACUGCCUGUGUACAAUCUGAAUUGUUGUGUUAACUCAGACUCGGUGCAGACGUGUGGAGAUGACCACACAGGCAAACUGGAUAAACAGCUCUGCUCAGCAUUGUUUCACCAAGUGAAAAACUGAAUCCUUUGCACAGCUGAACAAACUCUAUGAAAAAGCUACCAAACAUUUUUCUGUAUUUGUCUAUGAACCUCUCUAUCCAGUCCUCCAUCAUUUGUGCUGCCCUACAAAGCCAAAACAAUGUAAUGGCCGGACUUUAUGACAUCUCACCUUUUGAUAGAGAUUAUCCUACCAUGGGAAUGUGGAUUUGUGGCGACAAAUCGAAUGAAAACGUCUUGAAAAGUGGACAAAAACAAACUUUACUGAGGCUAAUUACAGGCAUCUUGUGGAGUAGACUUAACUGAUCCUUAUUGACCGAUCAUUUCCCGUUUGUGGAAUUGAGAAAAGCAAUUUUUGAUGCUCCAUAAAUCUACUUUAAAGAGCAGAGGGACCACCUUGGUUGUUAUCAGCCUACGGUUCAAAUCCUGCAUCCAUGAUGGUACAGGAAAGUAGGGUUAGGCGUUAGGGUUUUAUUUUAGAGCAACAUGUACUCCAUCAUGCCCUCGAAAAAGAAAAAAAUCCUGCAUCUUUCAGCAAGACAACGCUGCUUUCAGUCCUGAUUUGUGAUCCAAUGAAACAGUUUAUUGGUUAUCAUGAAAUAAAAAAUUGAGACCUUGAAAUAUUGAGUAGCUGCAAUCUUUUAUCCGGCUAAAGAGGGAUAACAUUUCAUUUUCAUAACUCCUGGUUUCCUCGGUUUCAAAAUGUUAAUCAAGUGUUGUUAAAAGAAGAGGUGAUGCAACUAAGCGGCAACCUGUGGUCUCGAGAAAUAAAGUGGAUUCAGAAGCGCCAGGGUUAGAGUUACUGCAGUUCCCUGAGUGUCUGCUAGAGGCACCAGAAAUCAUUUUGCUUUAUUAUUGAUUAAGUACGGGGUUUAAAUGAUUUGCAAACUACCAAAUUCUGUUUUUUUUAACAUCAUAGUCAGCCAUACUUAUUCAUUCAAAGCUGUUUUAAACCACCCAGACACUGAAGGUAGAUGGUGCUGUAACAGACACAUGCAUUCACGCACUCUUUGAGGGUUAGGGUUACUCUUUGAGCUCUUUGGGGUUCAGUGCCUUGCCUUAGAAUACCUUAAACUUACCAUUUCCAGCCACGUCUUUCAGAUAUUUAUUACUAAUGCUCAGGAGGUAUCACUGUUUUUCUGGAUUUCUUGGAUUUGCUGAACAAAACGCAGAGCCCAAAUGAUUUUACCUCUCACGUCAGGCCUGUUAGGCCUUUCAGAAUUACACCUUGUCCUCUUGUAUUAUGGGUUUGCAAAGAGCUUCAAACUUUUAAUCACCUUCCUGUUUCUGUUGUACUUCCUUCUUUGUCUUUCUAUCAGCAACUCUUAUUUCAAAAGAGUCUGCACUGGUCACAGAGCGCGAAAUAGAUAAUUUUUUAACUUAUCCACAUCUUCCCAUAUGGAAUUGAAAUUAAGUUCAAGCUCAUUUGAGCUGAUGAACUUCAUCCCAUGAUGCCUUUCUUUCCUUGUGUUUGAAUUCAAUGCCAAUUUAAUUAAACAUGUAACUUUUAAUUACCUAACUGAUUAAUUUAAUAAGUGAAAAUAGACUGAGAGUGAUAAAUUAUUGAGGUGGCAAUGUUCCUGCAGCAAUUCGCAGGCCCACGAAGGCUCUCUGUGACUGACUUCAAGGCUGUGUACAAGACAUUUUUUAAAGACUGUAACAGGCUGUCCCACAAAAAUAGAACACUUUCAUAUGCAGACGACUGAAACACGCUCACAAAGCAUAAGUGAGAAAACAUCCAUUGAGGCGUUGCAGAGCGUUAGAAGGAAGCAAGGCGGCUAAAUAAACUUGUAUUGCAACAAAAGCAUUUUCACCGCUAUCUCAAAGGAGAUACCGCUAUCUAGGUGAUUUAAAUUAAAAAGUGUACUUUAAAUUGAAAUUAAUUAUGCAUCAACAAUACUAAAUAUGAUUGAAAGAUUACACAGAGACGUAGCAGAAGAAGAAGAUAAGAGCAGGAGAUUGGGAAAUGUUUGCCUUGCUUAUUGUAUCUGGGCGCUGGCUAUGAAGCGGAACAUCAAUGUGAAUUUGGCAUAAGGGAAACUUCUCUGCGCUUCCACAGAAAGGAGUCACCUUGAGAUUUGGUUAAAGGAACAUCAGAGGAUACAGCUUGGAGCCCCGGCUUUGCAGAUAAUUACAGAUUUCCUGUCAGAAACACUUAACCUUUUUUUCCUCAUUUCUGGUGAGAGAUGGGUAAGAGAAGAGCUAUUUCCAAUUAAUCACAUCUAAAACAUCCACCAUCCACAUCUAACACAUUUCCUGCCGCUGGUAAACAUCAAUCUGAUUAAGUAUCACAGCAUUAAACAUCAAGAAGCAACAUCACUGACAUUCAAGCCUAUAGUGCCGUUCACAGGGUCUUUCAGGUGAGUGAGUUAAUCACCUCACAAACAUGUGUCUCUUCUCCCUGACACUUUCCUACAGGAUUAACAGCCUGGUUGUUUGUGCUUUAAUUAAUGCAGAUUUCUCUGGGUCAUACUGUAGCAGUCGAAGAUAAUUGUGUUGUGGUUAUCGCAGGCUUCAGGUGUUCGUCCUUCAUCAUUGUAUGAAAUAACUAGCUAAUCUGUUUCAAGGAAAGUGACAUAGCAUUUUUCUUGCUUGAACAUCACUUGCUCGAAAUUAUAAAUCACUUCCUGCAUGUUAGCAGUAUGUUUUAAUAACUUUAGCUCCACAUUGUAUAAAACCAGAGGGUCGACAUCUAUAAACGAGCAAAAACCCUUUUCAUCAGCUGGGUACUUAAAUAGAAAAAAGGUUCACUGAGAGGCUUAUUGGAAAAGCAUGAAGUGAAACACUUGCUGUUUGGUUGGGUAAAGGUGCAAAACAGUUUAAUCAGGUAUAAGAAAUAUUCAUAAAUGGAUGGAGUGAAACACUUGCUGUUUGAUUGGGUAAAGGCGCAAAACUGUUCAGCUAGGUAUGAGAAAUAUACAUUGAAUAUCUAACCCUAACCCUAACCCCAACCAAAGUUUUUAUGUGCUUAAGUGACCCCUAGAUGGGACUAUAUGGUGCUCUGAAUGGCUUGUUCAAAAAGUCACAAGAUUUCAGUAAAAAUUUAAGUCGUAUUGGAAAAUCAUGAAGUGAAACACUUGCUGUUUGGUUGGGUAAAGGCGCAAAACUGUUCAGCCAGGUAUAAGAAAUAUUGAUGGGGCCUCUAACCCUAACCAUAACCCUAACCCUUAUCCAAUACACUAAAUUUAAAUGUUGGAUGUUGGUACUAAGCAUAAGAAAAUUUCAGAUCACAAGUUUUAAUGUGCUAAGGUAAUCCCUAGAUGGGACUAUAUGGUGCUCUGAAUGGCUUGUUCAAAAAGUCACAUGAGAAUUCAAGGAGAUCAAAAUGAGAAUCACUCAAACUGUGACACUGCCUGACAGUGAAUCUCCUUAAAAGGGCAAAUUUGUCAUUUUAUUAAAAGAAACACAACUUAAAUGCAUGGCAGCAGUGAACGAGGCUCCCAGGUUGUGGAAUGCUGAGUGGGGCCUUAAAGGGGCAGUAGCUUUGAUUAAAUGUUUCAGAUAGAAGCUGAAAUGGUCACGUUGGGAACACAAAACAAAAGAGAGGACACACGUGCAGAACUAAGGAUUUAUUCAAGCAAAAGUAAAAGGCAAAAAACUCCAACAAAAAACUUGCUCUUCAAAAUGUCCAACUGAAAACAAAACAAAACAAACAAAAAAUAAGAGGCACGGGGAAAAACUCAACUUCUGUCAUGGUUGAAUCUUGUUGUUUUAGUUUUUUCUGGUUUUGUUAUUUAGAUGUGUUUUUCAGUAUGAUCCUGUUUUGUGAGUGCUCAGUUUGUGUCUGGUUUAGUUUGGCUUCCUGUUGUAUUGUUUAAUUGUUGAUGCCUGUGUGUGUGUGUAGUCGAGUUUUACUUCCUCAGUUUUCCCUCCUCCAUUAAUCACCUACGAGUUUCACCUGUGUCUUGUCUACCUCACCUGUUGCUCGUUUCCCAGUGUGUAUAUAGUCCCUGUCUCCCUCUUUGUCUUUGUUGGCUCAUUGUAUGUUGAUGCAUGUCUGUGUGUAUGUCAGUCCCUACCUGAUUUCCUUGUGGUUUUCAAAAAUAACAGCCUGAAAUAAGCCAAGAAUUUGUUGAACUGUUGAUCAUGUAAAGCUGCUGAGAAGCUAUCAGAGGGACAAUAAAAAGCCAAAAAAAUUGCAAAGGCUUAAUAACCCUUCUUCAAGCAUGUAGAGGACAAGAUAGUUGUCUAAAUAUUAAAAAUAAAUAUUUUAUUGAAUUACUCGUGUCAAAAUUGUAAGGGAAAUUUGUUAAUUUGUCCAUUAGUUGUUUACAUCAAAAUUUAUCCCACUCUUAUUUUGAUUUUUUUUGAGUGGGGGUUAGUACAAUAAAGAGUUAAAAAUUAAGGCCUUUUGGACAUUGAUUCAGCUUGAUACCUGACAUAUUAUGAAAAUACUCACUUCAAGAAUUUAAAAAAACAAAACAGGUGGCAUAAAAAAUGCCAGGGAGUGCGCUGGACCCCCUUUUCCAUCUAGACUAAUAAGCAAGCCUGCUUAGUCCACAGGGGGCGCCAAAACUGACACAAACCAAAAGUUCCUCACAACCCAAUUUCCCUACUCUUACUAUUGACAAGUGCCUCAUACAACCCCACUUUAAAAACACUGAAUUAUCCCUUUAAGAUAACUUGAUUAAAAACUAUAUGAUGUAAAGGCAUACAGUAUCAUAAACAGCAUAAUAACUGCAUCAACAGCAAACCUUUCAAUGAUAAAAAUAUUGUUUUUGAUAAAUUCUAAGGAGGUUUGAUUAUCAGGCUUUCUGAUGGGCUUCAUAUUUUCCAUGUGUACAACGGCAAUCAUCAUUAUUAGAAGGAAACAAAUAGUCAUUUAAUGUGAUGAAUAAUCUUUUUCAUUUUACGCGUUUUAUUCAUUAUGAAUAUUAAGGCGUGCUUCGACCAUCCCAGGGGGUUGAUUCUGAGAGUGGAGUGAUUGUUUUCAAAUCAUUCAACCCGCCUGAAAGUAUUCACUGAAAUCACAUAAAUACACGGACUCUGAUAGUUAGGAUAAAGCAGAACUCUUACUGAGGGUUUCUUUGGUGUUUUGAUGGUUUGACAUGUACCAUAAAUGUAAUUUAGAUUAAUUCACACUCAAGACGUUUAUGUCAAACGCCGUACCUGAAGUUUUCUCAACUACAUUUUAAACUUGUAGUUUUCAGUGUCGCCUCUGUAACUUAUUUUUUGGUUUUGUGUUGAAACAGCUGCUCAAGCCCUAAAGCAGAGAAAGAAACAGAACUGCACACCACGUGUCAAUGCUGAAAAUGGGCUGUUGACAAAAGGACAUUGCUUUGCCCCGCUAAAUCCCUCAGUCCCUCUAUUUUCACACACAGGCAGCAGUGAAGGUUGAAAGUUGUCAGGAAUUAGGUAAUUUACAGUUUGUGAUGAUAACCUCUUUCCCUCUGACAGAAAGAUCUGUAGCUUUCUGAAAAAACAGCUCUGACUGAAGCUCCAGAAGCCUAAUGAUGAUACCUUUUUGGUUGACUGGUACUUUAUUUGAAACUAAUCACACUUUUUGACAAGUUUCAUCUUUGAAGCCAGUGAAAAAUGCAUAAAAAGCAGGACUUGAAUGACCCUGGUGAGAAGCAAAUGGUGACGGUUUGAGGACGGGGUCAGAGGCUUUCGCAUCAUCAAAUGAAGUACACCCCCAGCUGACAUCCCGAUGACAGUGUCUCCUGCUGCAAUAAGGGAAAUUACAAAGAGUUUGAAAUAAUGCCUCAGGUCUCAGUUCCCCUGGUCUUAUGCCAAACG